UCUCCGCCGGCGCGCCAUGGCUUCCAAGGAGCGUCUGUACGAGCUCUGGAUGCUCUAUUUCGCCAAGAAAGACUUGGCGUACCUGCAGCAAUGGUUGGAAGCGUUUGUCACAAAUUUUGAGAAGAUCAUUGCUGUCCAUUCCCUGGAACCGAGGAGGCCGGAGGACUCCGUCUCUGAGAUUCCACUGCUGCCCCGUGAUGUCCUCCAUGUCCUUACCCAACAGCUGUCAUACUGUGUUUCCCAAAUCUCCCGUCAAGAGGUGGCUGAGGCAGGCCUCAGUCAGGCUCUCUUGCUUGUCAAGUUCUUCAUCAUUAUUUGCAGGAAUCUAGAAAACGUCCAAGCUGAUCGGCCCCCAGCGUUCGUUCGUGAGGUGAUCAAUUUGCUGUCUGCCUACUCGAACAAGCUCAAAAACACCCAGGGGCAGCAUUUGCCUUCCAGAAGCCGGCUGGAGAACAUAACUCUCUACGCACUGCACCUCUACGAAUGCCUCUUUGAUCCGUAUCAGACGUGGAGGAGACAGCUGAGUGGGGAGAUUGUCAGCAUGAAAGAGAAGAGCAAAUACAAGUUUGCACCAGCUGUGUUGCCUCAAGAGUUCAACUCUUUCUUCCAAGAGUGUUUUCAAGAAGGCGAACAGCUCCCGGAGGCCCUCCAACUGCGGCUGAUCCACCUCUUCGGAGCCAUCAUCUCUGGAUCCAAGCAAAAUGCUCUCCUGGUGGUCACCCCAUCCUCCGUUGAGGCCCUCAUGCUGGUGCUCAGGCGAUGGUGCUCGCCGACCAGCGGAACGCCCAAAGACGCCAGGUUGCUGCAGCUGACGCUGAAGAGCUUGGUGGGAAUGGUCCACAUUCUCCACACCAGCAGCCCCAGCCAGCGCAAGGUGGAGAUCCGCGCCAUCCUGGACAGCUACUUCAAGGUCCUCAACUCAGACCAGCCCAUGGCCUCGCUGGAAGGUUCGCCGGGACCUCACUGGGAGGAAAGACUCAUCGCCCUCCGAGUGAACAUGCUGGAUGCCAUUCCGGAAAUGUUAAAUUGCGACGACCGGCCAGUUUUGCAGGCGAUCUUUCUCAGCAACAACUGCUUUGAGCAUAUCAUUCGACUGAUCCAGAACAGUAAGCUCUACCUGAGUGGUGAGUGCAAAGCGCCUGGGAGUGAUCUCGCCAUGCGGCUGCUGACCGAGAUGGAUGUCCAUCAGGUUUUCGAUAACAGUUCCGACGCCAUUUCCAUUCAUGCAAUUGGAGUGCUUACCUCUAUCAUGAGCAAUUCCCCCUCAGCCAAGGAGGUGUUCAAAGAAAGGAUCGGCUAUUCCCACUUAUAUGAAGUUCUGAAGAGCCAAAGCCAGCCAACCAAGAGGCUGCUGCAGGAGCUCUUGAACAUGGCAGUCGAAGGCGACCACAGCUCUUUCCCUCCGCGUCAGAUCCACAAUGAGCAGCCCCUUUUGAUCAUGAUCACCUGGAUCCCGGAGCUGAAGUCUCCAGACCUUCAGGUGUUCCUUUCGGACUGGCUGAAAAAGAUCUGCGAUGCCUCCCUGCAGAGCCGCACCACGUGCGUGAAGGCGGGGAUGGUCGGCUGUCUCUUGGAUGCUUUGUGUGCUGCCGAGCAGGCGCUGGACGGGAAGUGCUCCGAGAACCUCAUCUACCUGCUGCAGGUCCUGGGCAGCCUCUCCAUCCGCCCGGGCGAACUGAGACAGCUCCUCAAGCUCCUUCGGACGGACCCGGGCAAUGCCCCCCACCCGUACACCACCCCAGUCAUCCGGGCUCUUUCGGGCAUGGCCCGGGAGGAUGGGCCGGAGCGGGCCCUGCAGUACUUUGACCUCACCCCCAGCAUGGCCGGGAUUAUGGUGCCUGCCAUUCAGAAGUGGCCUGGAAGUGGCUUUGCCUUCCACGCCUGGGUGUGCCUCGUGGAAGAGGCCAAGGACUCCCCGGAGGAGGCGGCCAGGCUGAAGCGGAAGCAGCUGUACAGCUUCUUCACAGCCGGCGGGACGGGCUUCGAGGCCUUCUUCACGGCCGACGGGAUGCUGGUGGUGGCCGUCUGCACCAAGAAGGAGUACAUGACGGUCGCCCUGCCCGAGUUUCCUUUCAACGAUGCAGCCUGGCACUGCAUCGAUAUCGUCCACAUCACCGGCCGCCGGCCCUUCGGCCAGAACCUUGUGAACGUCUACGUGGAUGGGCAGCUCCAGAAGGUGGCGCAGUUGCGUUUCCCCUCCCUGAGUGAGUCCUUCACGUCUUGUUGCAUCGGCUCCGCUGGGCACCGGACAACCACCACGUCCACCACCUACCCGUCUCCGUCUCACUCGCCAGACCUGGGCUUCCCCUCACACCCCUCCCUGAGCCGCUCCCAGUCCUUCCCAGCUUCCCUGGCGCCCCACGCCUGGACGCCCAUCCCCCCCCAGCCCCCCAGGGAAGGCGUGGUUUCCACCAUGGCCGCAGGGAGCCAGGACACUGAAUGGGGGAUGCCCACCUCCCUCGAGGGGCACCUGGGAGCCGUCUCGAUCUUCUACGAAGCCCUCCAGCCCGCUCAAGUGAAGGCGCUCUUCUCCUCAGGACCAAAUGUCACAUCACCGUUGAAUCCUGAAGGGGAUUUCCUGGAGCUCAGUAGUAAACUGCUUCUGUAUUACACACCCCAGGCCUGCAAAAACAACAUCUGUUUGGACCUUUCCUUGAACCACUUCUUUGAUGGGAGGCUGACUGGGCACAAAGUGGUCAACUGGGACGUCAAGGACGUGGUGAACUGUGUCGGUGGGAUGGGCGUGCUUCUCCCCCUGCUGGAUCAGGUGGCCUCUCAGAAGAAGGAGUCCGAAGAUAACCAGGAAACCCAUGACUUGGUUGGUCCGGAGCUGACCUCUUCCCAGAAUGCCCAGGGCAUGCUCAUCCCGCUGGGAAAAUCCUCAGAGGGCCGGCUGGAGAGGAACGGGGUGGCUGCCUUCCUGCUGUUGGUCAAAAACUUUAUCCACGGUCACCCUGUCAAUCAGGAGAGCCUGGUCCAGUGCCAGGGGCCUUCCAUCAUUGGAGCCCUGCUCCAGAAGGUCUCCAGCCAGGCAAUGGACAUGAACGUCUUGAUGGCAUCUCAGUACCUCAUGGAGCAGGUGGCCUCGGAAGGACACAACCUUUUGCUGAACCUGCUGUACCAGUACCUGCUGUUCGACUUCCGCAUCUGGAGCAACAGCGACUUUGCCGUCCGAUUGGGCCACAUCCAGUACCUGUCAAACAUAAUUAAGGAUCACAAGCAAAGGAUCCGCAGGAAAUACGGGGUUCAGUACAUCCUAGAUUCCAUCAGGACGUAUUAUGGGACUUACAAGGAGAAGCCUGUGGCAACUGACGACAUCAAGACGGUGCAGACCUCCCUCUUCAGCCUGAUAAAGGACUUCUUCUGCAGGAAUUUCUCCACCGAUGAGAUGCAGAGCACCCUGAACUACCUGGCGGCUGUGAACGAUGAGCACCAGGUGUCUGGGGUGCUGGAGGUGAUCCACAGCCUGCAAAAGAGCUCUCCAUCCCAGGAGCAGAUUUACACUUUCCUGUUUGAGCCGGGAAAUGUGGAGAUUUUGUUCUCGCUGCUCGUUCAGCGGAAGUUCUCGGAUGAAGUGCGCGAGAGGAUUUUCAAGAUCCUGUACAAGUUGUUGAAGUAUGAGAAAGUGAACGAGCGAAGCAAACAUCGCUUGAAGCUAAAGGACAUCGGCUACCAGGGCUUCAUCUCGUACCUGAAUGACAUCCCAGUUUCCACGCUGCUUUUCCGGUGCCUUUUGGAGCAGGUCCUCGCAUCAGACUCCCCAAACUACAAGGAUUUGGUGGCUGUGGUUUACCUCUCUCAUCGGGCAGAUCUGUCUGUCAGGCUGGACAUCUGCCGGAAGCUCUUCCACCUGAUCUACUCCCAGCAUGACAUCGUGAAGCAGCUGGCCAAGCUGGCCGGCUGGCAGGACACCCUCACCAAGCUCUACGUCAAGGAGUCCUACGAAUCCCGCCAGCACAGCCUGUCCGGCUCCGCCAACAGCGGCGGCUGCCUGGACCUCUUGAAGAUCUCCGACCAGCCCGGUGCAGAAGCGGGGAAGGAGCUGGCUGACUCCACGAACCCCUCUGCCGCCGCCGACCUCCACGACCUGGACGUCUUCCUCCCGCUGGGCUACGAGGCCUUCGACCACGAGCUCUCUGAAGGCUUCUCGGACCACUCCAUCUCUCCGACCAGCCAGAGGAGCAAACCCUUCCGCCCGUACGGCGGCUUCAAGUCGUUUGACUCCAUGGACCUCGCCAGCCACUCCUCCUCUUCCAACAACAUGGACAUCCCUGGGCAGGGCGAGGCCAACGCGGGAGACGCCCUCCAGGCCGACCGGGUCUACCACCCGCUCUCUCCGUUCUGCACGUCGCCCUUCGACCUCGUCUUGGAUUUGGGCAGCAUGAGCUCUGCGGCCACGGCGGAGAGCGGCAACCAGACGCCCAUGAGCCUGCCGGGAACCCCGUCCCCUCUGGAGAACUUCAAACCCUUCCCGGGGACGCGGGCGCGGAAGAGCUCCAGCCUCUCCAACGUGCUGGACGAAACCAGCUAUCAAGAGACCUUGCCGAGUGACAACAUCUCCAACACGAGUAACCCUCAGCAAACCCCCGAGGAGGAGCUCUGCAACUUGCUCACCAACAUCAUCUUCUCCGUCACCUGGCGGGGGGUGGAGGGCUGGGACGACGCAGCCUGGAAAGAGCGGGGGCAGGUCUUCUCAGUCCUCACGAAGCUGGGCUCGGCUUGUGAGCUGGUGCGCCCGCCGGAUGAGAUCAAGCGCAGCCUUCUGGAGAUGAUGAUGGAGUCGGCCUUGACGGACCUCAAAGAGGUCACCCUCGCCGUGCUGCCCAGCCUCAUCCAGAACGCUCUGAAGCUGCUGCGCCUCCUUCAGGAUUUCCUGUUCUCAGAGGGUCACAACAACCAGGCCUUGUGGAGCGAGAAGGUUUACGAGGGUGUUAACAGCUUACUGGACAAGCUGGGAGUUUGGUACCACUUGGCAAACGGCACCUCUGACUUGAAGGAGAUGGCCCAGAUUGGGCUCCGGGUGUUAAUCGGAUACAUCGCGCUGGAGGAUGUGCAGUUGCAGUCCUUGGCCUACGUGAAGCUGCACAGCCUUCUCCAGACAGCUUCCGCCCCCAAGAAGGAGGAGGCCUGCUACCUGCUGGGCAAGUUGGAGACUCCCCUCCGGCGCUCGCUUCACGCCAAGUCGGAGACCUUCUCCUGGCUGGUGCCCAUCAUCCGCACUUUGAUGGACCAGUGCUACGACAUCUUGCAGCUGCAGCAUUUCCUUCCUUCUCUGCCCCCCACCAACGGCAGCCCCACCUUCUACGAGGACUUCCAAGUGUUCUGCACCACUCCAGAGUGGAUCGCCUUCAUCGAGAAGCACGUGCAACCCACCAUGGCCCAGUUUGAAAUGGACACGUUUGCCAAGAGCCACGACCACAUGUCGAACUUCUGGAACUCCUGUUACGACGCCUUGAUGAGCAGCUCCCAGAGGAGGGAGAAGGAGAAAGCCGAGAGCAGGAGGAAGUUCCAGGAGCUCGUCUUGGAGCCGGUGAUGAAGCGGACGAAGUACGAGAACAUCCGGCACACGAAUAUGCUGAAGCAGGUCAACCACCACCACAACACCGUCCUGAAGCAGUGGAGGGCGCUGAGGCGCUUGCUGACUUCCCAGCGCUCUGCAUGGGCUGACCGGGAUCCUCCUGAGAUACAGUGGAAGCUAUCGAGCGCCGAGACCUACUCCCGAAUGAGACUUAAGCUGGUGCCCAAUUACAACUUUGACCGCCAUGUGGAGGCGAGUGCCCUUCGGGACAACCUAGGCGCCGACUACUUGCACAACCUGGCCGAGUCCCUCCCGUUAGCCGUUGCCAAGGAGGCGAAGGUCAGCGAGAUGCAGGAUGACCAGUUGGCAGAAGAGGACCUCUCGUUCCUGGAUAAUCACGUGGAGCCCAAAGAACAAAGUCAGCGCGAGAAGCUGGUGAUCUCGGAGGACUGCGAGCUGAUCACCAUCGUGGCUGUGAUCCCCGGGCGCCUGGAAGUCACCACACAGCACAUCUACUUCUACGACGGCAGCAGCGAGAAGGACGAGACGGAGGACGGAAUCGGCUACGACUUCAAGCGCCCCCUGUCUCAGCUCCGCGAACUGCACCUCCGCCGCUACAACCUCCGCAGGUCCGCCCUGGAGUUCUUCUUCAUUGACCAAGCAAAUUACUUCCUCAACUUCAAGAAAAUGGUCCGGAACAAGGUGUACUCUUCCAUUCUCAGCCUGCGACCACCCAACCAGAUUUAUUUUGGCAGCCGCUCACCGCAGGAGUUGCUGAAGGCCUCGGGCUUGACUCAGAAAUGGGUUUUCAGGGAAAUCUCCAACUUUGAAUACCUCAUGCAGCUAAACACCAUCGCAGGCCGCACCUACAACGAUCUUUCCCAGUAUCCCGUGUUUCCAUGGAUCCUGCAGGACUACGUCUCGGAGACGCUGGAUCUCAGCAAUCCCGCUGUGUUCCGAGAUCUUUCCAAGCCCAUCGGGGUGGCCAACGAGAGACACGCCAAGGACGUGAAGGAGAAGUACGAGAGCUUUGAGGAUCCCAGUGGCAUGAUCGAUAAGUUCCACUACGGCACCCACUACUCCAACGCCGCGGGCGUCAUGCACUACCUGAUCCGCACGGAGCCCUUCACCACCCUGCAUAUCCAGCUGCAAAGCGGAAGGUUCGACUGCUCUGACCGCCAGUUCCACUCUGUUCCCGCUGCCUGGCAAGCCCGCAUGGAGAACCCCGUGGACGUGAAGGAGCUAAUCCCAGAAUUCUUCUACUUUACGGACUUCCUGGAGAACCAGAAUGGCUUUGAUCUGGGCUCUCUUCAGAUAUCAAAUGAGAAAGUGGGGGAUGUUGUCCUACCCAGAUGGGCCAAAUCUCCAGAAGAUUUUAUCCACAAGCACAGUAAAGCCCUAGAAUCGGAAUAUGUUUCUGCCCAUCUCCACGAGUGGAUCGACUUAAUCUUCGGGUACAAGCAGAGGGGCCCGGAGGCAGUGGAAGCCCUGAACGUCUUCUAUUACUGCACGUAUGAAGGGGCAGUCGACUUGGAUGUUAUAGCAGAUGAAACCCAACGGAAGGCUUUGGAAGGCAUGAUCGGCAACUUUGGGCAGACCCCAUGCCAGCUGCUGAAGGAGCCCCACCCUGCCCGCCUCUCUGCCGAAAACGCCGCCCGGAGACUGUCUCGCCUUGACACCUUUUCCCCCAACAUUUUUGAGAACCUCGGCCAGCUCAAAUCCUUCUUUGUCGAAGGCAUCAGCGAUGGCAUCCCGCUGGUGCAGGCUGUGGUCCCCAAGAACCAAGCCCACUCCUUCAUGACUCAGGGAUCGCCCGACGUGCUGGUCACUGUAAGUGCCAGUGGGCUUCUGGGGACCCACAGCUGGCUGCCCUACGACAAAAACAUCUCCAACUAUUUCAGCUUCACCAAAGACUCCACCGUCUCCAACACAAAGACCCAGCGCUUCCUGUACGGCCCCUUUGCCCCAGGGGUGGAUGUGUCUUCGAAGACGCUGGCCAUCUCUCAUGACGGGAAGCUCCUCUUCAGCGGAGGCCACUGGGACAAUAGCUUACAAGUCACUUCGCUGAGCAAAGGGAAGGUUGUGGGACACAUCAACAGGCACAGAGAUGUUGUCACUUGCCUGGCCUUAGAUCUGUGCGGAAUCUACCUCAUUUCCGGGUCGCGGGACACCACCUGCAUGGUCUGGCAGGUCUUCCAGCAGGGCGGCUUCUCUUGUGGCCUGGCGCCCAAGCCCGUCCGGGUUCUCUACGGGCACGAUGAUGAAGUGACGUGUGUCGCCAUCAGCACCGAGCUGGACAUGGCCGUGUCAGGGUCAAAGGAUGGCACCAUCAUAGUGCACACGAUCCGCCGAGGCGAGUUCAUGAAGUCGCUGAAGCCUCCCUGCGAGAGCUCGCUGCCCGUGACCAUCUCCAACCUGGCCGUGGGCCACGAGGGGCAGAUCGUGGUCCAAACGACCGUGGAGGGGAGGGCCUCCCUGAAGGACAAGUUCGCCCUGCACCUCUACUCCAUCAACGGCAAGCACCUGUCUUCCAUCCCGCUGGACGAGCAGGUCACCUCCAUGUGCGUCACAGAGGAGUUUGUGGUGCUGGGGACCAUUCAGUGUUCGUUGCAGAUCAGGGACCUUCAGAGCCUCCAAGCAGCCAUUUCCCCUUUGGCCAUGAAGGUCCCCAUCCACAGCGUCUCUGUGACCAAGGAGAAGAGCCACAUCUUGGUGGGCCUGGAGGAUGGGAAGCUGAUUGUGGUCGGAGCAGGGCAGCCUUCCGAGGUGAGGACGGGGCAGUUCCACCGGCGGCUGUGGCGUUCGACCCGGCGCAUCUCCCAGGUCUCCUCCGGCGAGACGGAAUACAACCCGACGGAGCCCAAAUAACUGACGUGGGCCGGCUUUACCUCUCCCGUUCCCUUGCAGCGCGUCUGCCGCAUAGGAUGCUGGCUGUGCCCAGCCGUGCCCACUGGCGGCAUUUCCGCCCCUCCUAUAAGCCUGUUGCUCCCCGAGGGUCUCUUUGCGCCGCCCCUGGAGCGUGGCAUUCUGCAGAUGGAAACCGCCUCGGGGACUCCUUUGCAAGCCAGAGGUCUGUGCCCAUCUGGAACAGCCUUCCAAGUGCAGCACGCCCAGGACAGUUAGGAGCGGGGCGUUUCUAGGACCUAUCCAGCUGUUCCUGAUUAUGAUUAAUACUGUUGUUGUUGUUUUUAUUAUUAUUAUUUCAUUCCUGUGGAGCUUGAAGUGGCAAAUGUUUGUAUUAGUCGUCUUACACUGGAAGAGGAGAGAGGACUGCGUGAAGUGAAAGGGAGGGAGAAUACUUCGGCCACCUCCUGCAGCUCAGCAGGACGAGGGAGAAGAUGCAAUCGACGCACCAGCCUCAAGACGGCGGUCUGGUCUUUCUCCGGCGGCCUUAAGCGGUUCCCCUCCUUGCACUACGUCGAUGACUUGCACCAGAACCCAGGACUUCUGCUUUUGUUUGCCCAGCUAGGAGAUCAAGCCCCCUCGCUCCGUGAGAAAGCUUUAACGGCGGGGCUGAAAUGUAUCGCUAUUGGGGGGGAGUCUCUUGGUCCGAUCUCAAGUUGGGAAUGGGGGUGGUGGGAGGGGAGCCUCUCUCCACGAGGCAGAGAACUGAGGCAGGGCAGCGAAGCCCGCAAGCAUUAAGCCAGAGCGUGCGGCCAACGCACCGGUGUGUCUCACCCCCAGGUCCCAAAUCAACGCUGCGGUUUGGAGAGGG